GCCCUUGACCUCAGUGGUUUACAUGAUUACAUUCGCUUCUUAUCUCGGCUGUACUGGCUGGUGCAUCGAUGUAAUCUCAAAAAUGAUAUGACAGACGAGGUCAGAGAUGUUUUUCUCGAUAAACACAAUGAGUAUCAGUCUCAAGUUGCAAAAGGUCUUGCUAAAGACAGGCAAGGUGGUACUACUCCAACGGCUGGAAAAAUGGCGAGAGCGAGUUACGAUUGCAAACUUGAAGAAAGUAUGAUGAAAUGGCUGAAUAAAUGCAUAUUUCGAGACUCUAAGAGCGGAAACGGAGAGAACAUCUGGCUGUCUACUAACACUCGUUUGAACAAAACUCACGCCGCAGCAAUGGUGAGAUGA